AUGCGCGUCUUCCAACUCGCUCUGCUGGCUGCCGCUGCUCUUCUCGCCACUGCAAGCGCUUCAGUCCCCCCAACCGAAGUAUCAAAGGUUACAGUGCCCGAGACCCCAACCUGGAAUCGCGCGUUUGCCUCGGAAGACAACACCAAACGCUCUCUACGGACCGACAAACUAAGCCAGGCAACCUUGGUCAAGCAAUACUACAGCGAACGCAACGAGUUCGCCGAUUGGUUUCUCAAGGGCAAAGGACACCCGUAUAUGUACGGUGAGCUGGGCAUGGCAAAGGAGGGGGUAGGCAGCAAGGCGUACCUCAAGCUCAUGCGCUACGUCGACUACUUUGAGCAGUACAAGGCCAUUGCGAUGAAGAUUCGGUUCCACGUUUAA